GGAGCCCCGGCGCGGGGCCUGGAAACGGAGCCGCCCUCGGGGCGCGGAGGAGAAAGGCCCGACCGGCGCCGGAGCGAGGAGCCGCCGCUUCCGUCAGCUGACCGGCCCGAGGGCCAAGGCCGGCCUCCCGCCGCCUCUUCCGCGUCGCCGCCCGAGGAGGAGGAGGAGGCGGGCCGCCAGCUGCGGAGCUCGGGCCAGAGGAGCUGCGGGGCCGCGGCCUGGUGAGGGGGCCCCGGGGCAGAGCCCGUCGCGGCGCGGGCGGGGAGAGGCGCGCGGGAGCCCCCGGCUCAGGGCGGGGGGACGGGGCGCGGGCCGGGAGGGCAUGGGGGGUCGGGCGGGCGGGCGGGCGGGGGGCGCCGAUGCGGGAGAGCCUCCGGAGAAGAAAAGGCUCCGGAGGAAACGCCCGGCAGAGCCCGACGGGGCUGGCGCGCCUCCCUUGGCCCCUCCUGCAGCCCCGCGGGGGGUCUUGUCGCCCGGCUUGCCCCCACUUUGGUGCUGCUAGCGGUGGUUAGCGUCACCCCCGGAGGCACACUCCCUUGCCGGCUGUGCCUCUCCCGUGGCUGGGUGUACAACGUUAAUGAGAACUCUUCCCUGCAGUUGCAAAGCCUGGGCCCAGCAGGGCUCCCAACUGCAGUCAAAAAAGCACCCAGUAUGCAGCCCUUUCUCACCAAUCUCCAGUACCUGCCUUGGUGGGGUGUGAUCCUGCUCUGCCCCCCUCCCCUGGCACACCUGCCCAGAAACUUCUGAACCUCGUUCUGACCAAUGUCUACAGAAGGGCUGAGGAGAACUAUGUGUACUAAUUAGUACAAUGUUUUCAUUCAUCAAAAUCUCAUAGCCCAAAUAACUCCUCGUGUAUAUAAACCACAGCCCAAUGGAAGGUGUAUUAUUACAAUUAUCUAUUUUUUCUUUCUCUGCAAAGUAACUGUAGCAAUGUCCAAGAAGCCAUUAAAUUGUCUCGCUGGUAAUGGGCGGUGUAGCAAGACUGAGGUGGAAAAUGGGCAUCCCAGUGUGCCGCCUGCCCCCCUUGGCACAUCCACGGUUGAGGAGAUGGUCCAGCAGAUGAAAGAGCUCAUUACCGAGAACAAUGAGCUUAAAGGUGAACAAUUGACAUUGCAUGCACUUCCACAUGGCUUCACAGAGAUGGCCUUGAGGUAAACUUGUUUGGCCUUGAAUGCUCGGCUUGCUUGAGCCAAUUGCCCUCUGACUGAGUGCUGAGUGCUCAGCUUGGGGCAGGAGGUACGUGAGGCAGCUACUUCGGUGAAGCUAAGCAGAUCUGGGUCUAGUCAGUGGAGACUGCCUGCUUCUGUGGUGGCAUAACUGGAGAGGUGCAUGGUAUGAAUGUUAAUAUAUCUGGGACUUAAGGUGGCCUGAACAACGUGCUUUCUUCCCACCUCACAAACAGCCCAUCUUUAUAAAUGACUUGGAUGGUGGUAUUGAGGGGGUGCUCAUCAAAUUUGCAGAUGACACCAAACUGGGAGGGGUAGCCAGUGCUGCAGAAGACAGAAUCGGGGUUGCAGAACUGGGCCAAAACUAACAAUAUGUAUUUCAGUAGGGUCAGGUGUAAGGUUCUACACUUAGGCAGGAAGAUGGGGGACACUUGACUUGCUAGUUGUACAUGUGAAAAGGAUCUAGGGGUCUUAGCUUAUAAGUCUGUGUUCCCUUAGUUCUUGAUGCUAAGACCGUCAGCUGUAGUUACUCACUAGCAUAGCACUGUGUGAGUGCUCAGAGGCACUCUCUUUCCCAAUUCCAGUUGUCCUCCCCACCUGCUGAGUUCUACAAAGCCAUCACUGAGACUCAAGGUAGGAGCUGACAGGCAGUGCCACCCCCUGGAUAGGUUGUAAGUAAGAAAGCAGGCAGAUGGGGCUGGCCAAAGGCAGUCUGAGGUUGGCAGAGCAGUGCCCCUUUCGCCCUAGUGGGCCAGGCAGCACUGCAAAAAGUGCAGUUUCAUCCAUGAAACUUUCCAGGGCCGGCCCACCCAUUAGGUGUGGUGAGGCAACCACAUCAGGUGGCAGGAUCCACAGGGGCAGCAGAUCCCGAUGUAGAGCUUCAUUCCCCACUUGUUCCUGAUCUAGAUCUUCACCCUCUCCCGCUUCCCUGGUGGGGAGAGGGGGAGCCCGUUUGUGUUUUGCCUCAGGUGGCAAAGUGUCUCGGGCGAGCCCUGCCCUCUUCAGUGAAUUUUGCCUAUAUCCAAGUUCCGGUUUGGGGAGGGAGAGUAGCUGGAGUAUAUUGAUACAUGCUAAUGCACUAUUUUGGCAUGUCCCAACAGAAGCCAUGAGGCAGCGUAAUCAAGCUAUGAAGGAUCGCUUUGAGGAGCUUUCCACAUGGAGAGAGAAGCUGAAAGAAGAGCGGGAGUUCUAUGAAACUAAAUUCAAGGAAGCCAGGCAGUGCUUGGCAACCAAAUGUGUAGAGAAUGAAGCCCUGAAAGAGCAACUCCAGACUCUGGAAGAGAGAGAGGAAGGGUCCAUAAAGGUAAAUAAAACUAUGAGCGUGUGUGCAUGCAUGGGGCACAGCUAUAAAAACUGGCACAGCUAGAGAAACUUUUUUUUAUUGCCGGACAAACAACAACAACAGCAGAGACUGUGAAUAGCUAACUGUCCAAGGCUGCAGUCGUAAGUGCAGUUCAUAUUCUUUAUUACAUUGAUUUGUCACUAACUACAUAAAAUGCUUCGAAAUGACUUGCAGUUUUGGUGUGUGUGUGUGUGUGUGUGUGUGUAGACACACACACACAUAUACACACACACACACACACACACACAUAGUUGUACCUUGGUUCUUGAACGUAAUCCGUUCUGGAAGUCUGUUUGACUUCUGAAACAUUCAGAAGCCAAGGCGCAGCUUCCAAUUGGCUGCAGGAGCUUCCUGCACUCAACUGGAAGCUGCGUCGGACGUUCAGCUUCUGAAAAAAAAGUCGUAAACUGGAACACUUACUUCUGGGUUUUCAGUGUUCAGGAGCCAAAACGUACGAGCACCAAGGCAUUUGAGAACCAAGGUACAACUGUAUAUGCCAAAAGUUUAAAACAGAUCAAAGGAAUAAAACAAUAAGAUUUACAAUCUGCAAUAUUAUAAAAGGGGAAGAUAAACACAUAGGCACUAGAUGGCUGGAAUAGAAAUUUUAAUACAAAUAAAUAAGGCGGCAGGGGCAGAGAGCUUGGGCUUAUAUGAACUCAAUGUCCAGUUAUUCUUGUUAUUAUUAUUUAUUGCAUUUAUAUAGUGCCCUAUACCCGGUGGUCUCAGGGCAGCUCACAGAACAAAAUCAAAAUAUAAAACCACAAUAUAUAUAUAAUGAAAAGAAAAACAACAAUAUAUAUAAUCAAAAGAAAAACAACAACCCAAUAACAACCCCCCCCAAAGAACCACAUUUUAAAAGGGCCUAGUUAAUAUGUGGCACGUGCUUCACACUCUCCUUCUGUAUCUCCUGGCUUCUCUAACCCUCUCCGUCUAAACUGCUUCUCCUAGGGAUGCACGGUUUCCAAAAAGGAGAUGGCCCAGGAGCUAGAGCAGCUGAGGAUGCAAGUGGUGAAGCUGCAGGCUGAGAAGGCCGAUCUGGUUGCCAUCAUUUCAGAGCUGCAGCUUAAACUCAACAUUGGAACUGAUGACUCAUUUGUGGAGAUCAGGAUGCACGUAAGCGAGAGCUGUCCCUUCUCCCAGAGAAAAAAAUGCAUGGCAGGUGCUGUCGGUUGGUCUGGAAGCAGUUGUGCAGUCUCUGGGCUUCAUAGUCUUAUGGUGUGCCCCCCCCCCCCGACUUUUGGUAGUAAUGUUCAUUAUUUCAAAAUGUGGGAAGUCAGCCCACUGAUGUUGGAGGGGGGAGAAUCCCGCUCAUCAGCUGACAGGGGCCCUGAGCUUUUAAUCAAAAGUCCUACCCUGACAGCACCGCUGUCUAGAAAUCUCAGCACUCUGGCUUAACUGAGUUGUAGAUUGGGCUUUGUUGGUUCAUAUUAUUAUUGACCUAGUGUCUUCCGUGUGUAUUUUCUUAGAUGAUGUUAGAGGGAGAUUAAUGCAAUGCAUCACAUGACUGCAACAUGUCAGAUUCAGAGUUGUCAUGUUCUCCCCUUCCAAUUUUCCACAGGAAGGAGAAUUAAACGUAGGUGUGAAAGAAAUUCAAGACCUUCGUGGCAAAACAACGAGGGAUGCAGCUGCCUAUGUGUAAGUAGAAUUCCUGGGCUGCUCCUAAUGGUAGAUUUUGAUUUGUGCUACCCUUCCUAGUCUUCUGUUAGAGAAAGGGGUUUAAAAGAAGAAGAGUGAAGUGCAGCACUCCAUCUACUGCUCUUCUCUGCUCUCUUCUAUUUUGUCAAAACAGGAGCAGAUCUCUGGAUGAAGCAAAAAAAAAGUUGGAAACCGAAGAGUUGACUGUCAGCCAGCUUCUUCAUUCCCUCAGGAGCGAGACCCAGAAGAGAGAAGCCUUGGAAAAGGAGCUCCAGGAGCAGAAGGAAAGGUGGCAACCAUCUAUAGUUUAUAAUUAUUGGGUUGAAUCCAACAUUAGUCAUACUCAGAGGAGACCUAUUGAAGUUAAUGGAUCUCAGGUGGUCAUGUCCAUUAUUUUCAAUGGGUCUAAGCACUGUUAACGUUGAAUACAAUCCAUUUUCAGUGUUUUGAUGUAUAGAUAUGAUCUCAAACAAGGCUGUUAAGUCCUGAACUUAAAAUCGUAUUUCUGAGUGUUUCCCCUAAGCAUUUCACACAUGUUGACCCUGUCAUCUGUUCAGCUACACUGUAAGGCAAUUAAUGCUUUUUUGUAAGCCCCUAAUAACCUAAGUUGCAUCUAAAGUGUUAGAGAUUUUAAUAUUUAUAUUUAUGGCAUUUAUAUCCUGCCUUUUUCUCCAAGGAGCUCAAGGUGGGGUGUACAUGGUUCUCCCCCAUCUCAUUUAAUCUCCACAACAACCCUGUGGAGGUUAGGCUGAGACGCAGUGGCUGGCCCAAGGUCACCCAGUGAGUUUCAUGAAGGCUGAGUGGGGAUUUGAACCCUGGUCUCCCAGGUCCUACUCCAAAACUCUAACCAUUAUACUACUUUAAAAGGUAAAGGUAAAGGACCCCUGACAGUUAAGUCCAGUCGCGAACGGCUCUGGGGUUGCGGCGCUCAUCUCGCUUUACUGGCCAAGGGAGCCAACGUUUGUCCGCAGACAGUUUUUCCGGGUCAUGUGGCCAGCAUGACUAAGCCGCUUCUGGCGAAACCAGAGCAGCACACGGAAAUGCCGUUUACCUUCCCGCCAGAGCGGUACCUAUUUAUCUACUUGCACUUUGUGCUUUUGAACAACUAGGUUGGCUGGAGCAGGGACUGAGCGACGGGAGCUCACCCUGUCGCAGGGAUUUGAACCGCCAACCUUCUGAUCAGCAAGCCCAAGAGGCUCAGUGGUUUGGACCACAGCGCCACCCGCGUCCCCCAUUAUACUACUUACAAUCUUUAUAUAUAUAAAACCUUUUAAAUGUUUUAGUAGCAUGAAAAAACAAUUACAGUCAUACCUCAGGUUAAAUGUGCUUCAGGUUGAGUGUUUUCAGGUUACGCUCCGCGGCAACCCGGAAGUAACAGAGCCCGUUACUUCCGGGUUCCACCACUCGCGCAUGCGCAGACCCUCAAAAUGAUGCUUCAGGAUGCGAACAGGGCUCCGGAACAGAUCCCAUUCGCAUCCAGAGGUACCACUGUAUUGUUCUUAGUUCACUGGCAACUGUUUGUUCUACUCUGCAAGAGAGAAUGCCCUGUAGCUGGAGUGGUUUUGACCUGUGCUACCUACACAUUCCCCCAAAUGCAGCAAUCUUGUAUUCUUGUGUUGACAGUGAACAGAUUCCACAAUGAAUCCCACUUGCUUUAGGAGUGGAGAAGGGCUUCUGGGAAAUAUCAUUGACUGUUGCCUGUUCUCAUGACCUUUCCCAUCAAAUCUAUAGCAAUAUGACUUACAUACUAAUAUGUUUAAAUUGGGAUUGGAUUCUUGUGUUUCACAGACUUCUGUUAGAAAAUAAAACUGCAGAGAAAGGCACUCAGAUGGAACAUGAAGAGGAGGAAGUAAAAGAGAGAGCAGAAAGCGUAAGUGUGGCUCAUUUAUUAAUGCACCAUGCCAGACAUGCUUCUUGGUAGCUUUUGGGUAGACUUGUCCUUCCUACGGAUGGGCUCUAGAAUGCUCGUCACCCAAUGGGCAGAGUGAACUUUCGAAAGUUUCUCACGCCUUCAUUUGCACGCAGCUGCCCACUAAUGCAAAUGCUGAUCUGGACCAUUGGGUCUCAGAAUAUCUCACACAUUCUGGGUGAUGCUGUAAACUUGCCUCUGGGAAACUUGACAGGCAGAGUUCCACGGCCUCAUUGAACUGGAGGUGACACCACCUAUAUUUCACCAAUGUUUGGCCUUUUCCAUGCAGACACCAAAUGAGGGAGGUCAGGGGCGUUGGCGUGGAUGCCUUGCAGCUCAGGGUCUGUGUGGCCUCCUCAAAGAGAUUCAUAUUCCCUCAAGCAAUUGUUUGCUUGGUAAAACAGUUGGGAAUGCAAAUUGGUUUUGCAGAAGCUGCUUGCCCCAUUAUGGAAAUGGCUAUUGUGCCUGUCCUGCCUCUGCUGCAGACAAGAGGCUCUUUCUUACGUGUAUAUUCAGAAUAUUUAGACUCAAAUCUGCUACUAGUGACAUGCUUUUCUGACUAAUUAUGCAAAAAACUAGAAGCAUAAUAGCAGGGCUGUAUUGUUAAUUCAGUCUGCAGUAAGUGUAUGGACUCAACCUGUGUUUUUAGGUGGAUUUGCCUGUUUCUUGCAGGUGGGUGAUGAAGUAGAGACUCUAAACCUACAAGUGUCUGCCCUGUUCAAAGAACUUCAGGAGACACAUGCUAAAUUAAAAGAUGCUGAGAUAAUUCAGAAGAAGCUGCAAGAGAAGUAAGAGUGCUGUUGAAUUACAUAUCAGAACAGGCCUUUAUAUUUUCUUGAGGCAGAGCAUCCCUCAAGGGGUGCAGCCAGUUUCUGGCAGAGCAUUUCUCUCCCUCCAUUCACUCCUUGGUGAAGUUCCCCACGAUCUCCUUCCCAGGUGCCAGGCUUUUGAGAGACAGCAACAUGGUGAAAGUGCUGGAGACCUGGAUGAGAAGCAGCAGCUGCUGUACGCCAUUAAGAAGCUGGAGCUUCAAGUGGAGAGCAUGCAGUCAGAAAUCAAGCUGGAGGAAGCCAGAGCAAACGAAGAGCAGUGAGUAUGGGCUCAGGAGCAGGUGGUGAGAAAGUGAGGCUCAAAAUGUGGCUGCGAUGCACGCCUUCUAUUUCCACCUCCAUGUUUGUCACUGCUGAUCAGCUAAACUGAGCUUGCAAAGAAGAAUCUGACAAAAACAAAAAAAUCCUUCUCUUUAGGGAAACCUGUGGUGCUGAUUAGGUUUCCAACUGAAAUUGCCCUACCUUGGUUAUUCAUUGUUUGAAGAAAAGGUACAGGCCUCUUCUUGCAUUGCAUUUUACAAGUAUACAUUCAGUCUCUCCCCUCUCCCCCAAUAUAUGUAGAGAAAAUGUGAAUAUGAUAAAAUGAUACACUUGUCAGAGGAUUUGCUGUAGAUCCCUGUCCUGGUGUACAUUCUGUGGCAAGCCCCAGUUUGUUGAAGUGCAGUAUGUGAAAGGGUCCUAAGGCUGCCACACAGUCUAUAUGUAUUUUGUUGUUGAAAUUUAAUACACCGAGAAAUUAUCUCUGUUUUAUUAAGGAACUGUGAAAUCAUUGAAAGACACAAGUGAACAAAGCAGAAAGUCAUCAAAUAAGCCUUUCUUCCUAAAUUGCUUAUUUUCAUAUCUGUCUUACUUGUCUUCCAACAGACAGAAAUUUAACACAUUGCAGGAUGCUUAUAGCAAGCUUGUACCUGAAUUGACCAAAGCAAAGCAGACAGUUGAAGAACUAAAAGACAAAGAGGUAAGCCUUGCUCUAAAGAAUAGUCUCAGUGCUAUGUAAGGAAGUGGAAUGAACAGCAUUUCCACCCCCUUUGUGAAAGUUCCUUCGGGUUCAAUAGGGUCAGAACAUACAGGAGGUGCCCACAUCUCCCAGUUGCUCUGCAUGGUUCCAGCUGUGUUGCACAAGCUGCUUUCUUCCAUUUGCAUUCUUAAUAAUAAAAUGCAACAGCAAAAAUGAAUAAAAAUAGCAACAUUACUGAGGUUUAACCCAGUGUUAAUAAAGACUUCCCUGAUUUAAGUAGUGUAGAAGAGAAAAAAUAAAGAAGACUAAAGAAGAAGUGCAAUUGAUAAAAGAUAACUGUGGGAGAGGUAGGUUAUGACAUGUGCAUUUAUGCUUUAGAGCAUUUAUUGGUAUGGGAGAAGAAAAUGGGGAGGGAUGACGGCACUUAGGAUGAUGGCAUCCUAAGGAGAGAUCAUGGUCUCCUUCACCUGCAACAGUGGUGGAGCCAUUCUUUAGUACACUGUUUUCCCAUCAGGGGAAGUAGAACUGGAUGCAGAGCCCCACAUAACCAAGCUGUGACCACAGUGUUUUCCCCUCCUGAUUUUUGCAUUGGGAGCAGCUGCUUGCACUGCGAUGCAGCUCAUUCGCGGGUUUAGACUGCCAGGCCACCAGAAGCCAUAAGAUGUUUCUGAUUGCACUGUGUUCCCCGCCCUGAUUAAACCUGCUGCAGGCUGAAAGGCUCAAUAAGGCUACAGCUGAGGAACUCAUUCACAGACUGGAUAUGGCAGAGGAAGCCCUAGCUGCCAAACAGUUCCAGAUAGAUGAAAUGAAGCAGACCAUUGCCAGGCAGGAGGAAGAACUGGAAACCAUGGCUAUCCUCCGAGCUCAGGUAUGGUAAGGACACCUGUCAUGUGGUGGUUGGGUGAAAUCCUGCUCCACUUUGAAGCAGAGAGAAUGAAAUCAAUUGACUUAAAAUACUUGAGCCCAUUGAGUUGAGUGGGUCUGCUCUUAAGUAUGACUAACAUUGAAGAUAAUCCGUUUAUUUUGUAAGCUGCCCAGAGUGACUGGGGAAACCUAGCCAGAUGGGCAGGGUAUAAAUGAUAAAAUUAUUAUUUAUUAUUAUUUAGUUAGUUUUUCCCCUUUAAAAAGUUUUAUUUAUUAUAACAGGCAAACAAGAAUUGAUCUUAGAAACUUUAGAUAUAUAGAUAAGCUUAAAUAAAUAAAUAAAUGCUAAUAUAAACUCAUAUGUGUGUGUGCCACUUAAUGAAAUAAUUCAGUACAUAAGGAUGGACACCCUUGGCGUAUAUCACUUCGUAAAUUACUUUGUAAAUUAAAUUGGGAGGAGAGUGAGCCAUUUACAUAGACUGUUGUUUGAGGGUUUGUAGUACAUUAAAGUAAUCCAGUUCUUAAACUGUGAUCCUAUAUUAUACAUAUCAAGGCAAUGAUUCAAGAGUAUUAUAUAAGAAAUACCAUUUUACACGGUCAAAAGCUUUUUACACGUUGGGGAAAAUAACUGCUUAUUCUUGGUUUGACUGUAAUAUUUUUAUGCAGUUAAUUAGGCAUUUGAUGUUGAUUGCAAUUUUCUGCUUUUUAAUAAAUCCAACUUAUUAGUGCUAAGAUUAUUCAGUCUUUCUGCUAUGAUUGUAAUCCAAAUUCUGAAGUCUUGAUUGUGUAAAGAAACGAGUUUUUUGUUGUUGUUAAUUUUCAUUUCUAUACUGCUUUAUUUUUUAAGAAAAAAAAUCUCAAACCAGUUUACAACCUACAUUAAAGGAUCAAAUAAAACAAUCCAGAAUAAAACAAUACUGAAGACAGACAAGUAUACAUUCAAGGCUACAUAAUUAACAAGAAACUAAAAUAUUAUCUUAAAAGAUUUCAAGAGAAAACAUUACUAGAGGAAGUCAAAUAUAAAAUGCACACUUAAAACAGCACAACUAGCAAGAGAAUAAAAUAUUAUCAUAAGCAUAGAACACACCUGCAGCUGUUGCUGCCAAUGGUGGUUCAUGGCGGAUGAUGGCUGAGGAAGCUCGGUGAGGCAGGAUCCUUUAGCUAGUACAGCCACCCUUGAUUUGGAUCAGGAUUAGGGCAGCAUAUUAACUCAGAUUGACUCAUUUAUCUCUUUUUAAAGCACGUUGUGAUCUUUAUUCCUGUUUGUUCCCUAAUUAGAUGGAGCUCUAUUGUUCUGACUUCCACGCUGAACGAGCAGCACGGGAGAAGAUCCACGAGGAAAAGGAGCAAUUGGCUGCGCAGCUAGCGUACUUGCUGACAGAGAAGCAAGACCAUGAAGAUCUCGGAAGGUGAGAAAUGGAUCAGAGGAAAUGUUUAGCUACUGUAACGUUUUCAAUAUUUUGUGAGAGGAGAGAACAGUGAGACUAUUUUUUAAAAAAUAAGUUUAUUGGGCUGCAUCUUUUCUCUCCAUUUUCAGUUCUUCACUGCCAUGCUGAUUUGGGGGGGGGGGGGGAGCCAUAGAAAAUGAGGGUAUGGCAUUAGCAAUCUCUCUCUCUCUCUCUCUCUAGAAAUAUGCUGGCAGAAAUGCAAACUCGGCACAGACUCCCAUCAGAUCAAGGCCAGUCUCACUUUUCUCAAGGAGGUAAAAUUAAAAGGGCAAACUGAGAAACUUGCCACACCACAGCUCUUGGUUCACACAACCAACUCAGGGUGGCAUCCAAAUAACUUUUACUCCAAGUUGUUGUUGUUUAGUCGUGUCCUACUCUUCGUGACCCCAUGGACCAGAGCACGCCAGGCACUCCUGUCUUCCACUGCCUCCCACAGUUUGGUCAAACUUACGUUAGUAGCUUCAAGAAUACUGUCCAACCAUCCGGUCCUCUGUCAUCCCCUUGUGCCCUCAAUCUUUCCCAACAUCAGGGUCCUUUCCAGGGAUUACUCCAAGUAGUAGACCCAUUGAAAUAAAGGACUGUGACCAGACCAUUUCAUUACCGAGGAGGCAGGUUUAGUCGUUAUUUGAGGACUAUCCCUACCUCUGGGUCUGGUCUUGACCGGACGGGUACUGGAAUCAGCAAGGGAUACCCACAUGACCUGAAGGUGCUGCUGUGCAAUGCCAGGUCAAGGAUUCAUAAGACUACUGCCAUCCAUGACUUGAUCGUGAAUGGAGGACUUGACCUGGCAUGUGUGACAGAGACUUGGUUGGAUGAAGCAGAUGGGUCUGUCCUUGCUGCUGCUUGUCCACCAGGUUUCUCUUACGCACAGCAACCCAGGCCGUGUGGGUGGGUGGGGGGGUUGCAGUGAUUUUUAGGAAGUCAUUAGUUUGCACCAGGUGUCCUAUUGGGAAGACCCAGUUCUCUGAGUGCAUGUUCUGGAAGUUGGGCCAUAGGGGCAGUACAGGAUUCCUUUUGGUGUACUGACCUCCCCGCUGCACCAAGGAUUCCCUGCCCAAGCUGCUUCAGGUCAUGGCAGAUGUUCUCCUGGAGACACCUAGUUUGGUUGUCCUAGGGGAUUAUAACAUCCAUGCCAACACAACCUUACAAGGGGCUGCUCAGGACUUCGUGGAAAGCAUGGCCUCCAUGGGGCUGUCCCUGAAUAAGUCUGGCCCAACCCAUAGCCGCGGACAUGCCUUGGACCUGGUGUUCACCUUUAUGGAUGUUGGUGAUCUGACACUAAGUAAAAACGAAACGAAAGAAGUGCCAUGGUCAGAUCACUUCCUGGUGCAACUGGACUUCUCUGCGACCCUUCCCCUCUGCAGGGAGGUGGGACCGAUUUGGAUGGUCCGCCCCCGCCACUUAAUGGAUCCAGUUGGCUUCCAGAGAGUGGUAGGGGAUGUUUUAUCCCAAGUUGAUGGCCUUUCAGCUGAUUCCCUGGUGGCCCGCUGGAAUGCGGAGUUAGCCAGGGCUAUUGACUGUUUGGCUCCGAAGCGCCCUCUCCGAUUGCAUGGAGCCUGGACAGCCCCGUGGUUUUCCCCAGAGCUGAGGGCGAUGAAACAAUCGUUGAGACGGCUAGAGCGCCGGUGGCGGAAAACUCAUUCUGAAUCAGACAGGACACGGGCUAGAGCUCAAUGUCGAGCCUACCAAGUGGCAAUGGCGAUGGCGAAGAGGGCCUGUAUUGCAUCUGCAGAAAACAGCAGCAGGAGACUUUUUUCAGGUGGUUCGCAAUCUGUCGGAACCACCUGAGUCACCGGGGCCUGGUAGGGACCCAAGAUCUCCUGCAAUGCUUUUGCAAAGUUUUUUGCAGAUAAAGUCGCUCAGAUUCAGAAGAAGGUAGACUCCACUGUGGGAGCAGGACCAGGGCGGGGGAGGGCUAGAGUCCUGUCUAGUCUUGUUACAUGGGAUCAAUUCCAAUCUGUUACCUCCGAGGAUGUGGACAGGCUGCUUGGACGAGUGAAACUGACCACCUGUCUCCUUGAUCCUUGCCCAUCCUGGCUUAUAAAAGCGAGCCGGGAAGGGCUGGGCGAUGGGAUCUGCGGGGUGGUGAAUGCUUCCCUCUGUGAGGGAGCCUUCCCAGACCCGCUGAAAGAGGCGGUCAUUAAACCACUUCUUAAAAAAACAUCUUUAGACCCGGCCAAUAUGGCCAACUAUCGCCCAGUGUCAAAUCUUCCAUUCUUGGACAAGGUGAUUGAGCGGGUGGUUGCUGAACAACUCCAGGCAUGCCUGGAAGAAGCAGACCAUUUGGAUCCCUUCCAGUCGGGAUUCAGGCCUCAUCAUGGGACUGAAACUGUCUUGGUCACACUGGUCGAUGAUCUCCCGUGGGCUAGGGACAAAGGUGAGAGCUGUUUCCUAGUUUUGCUGGAUCUUUCAGUGGCUUUUGACACCAUCGACCAUAACAUCCUUCUAGACCGUCUAGAGGGGCUGGGAGCUGGGGGCACUGUUAUACAGUGGUUCCGCUCCUUUCUCCUGGGCCGUGUUCAGAAAGUGGUGGUGGAGGAUGAGUGUUCAGACCCCUGGGCUCUCACUUGUGGGGUGCCUCAGGGUUCUGUCCUCUCCCCCAUGCUUUUCAACAUCUACAUGCAGCCGCUGGGAGAGAUCAUCAAGGGGUUUGGGCUGGGUGUUCAUCAGUAUGCGGAUGAUACCCAGCUCUACCUCUCUUUCAAAUCGGAACCAGUGAAGGCGGUGAAGGUCCUGUGUGAGUGCCUGGAGGUGGUUAGAGGAUGGAUGGCGGCUAACAGAUUGAGGUUGAUUCCUGACAAGACAGAAGUACUGUUUUGGGGGGAGAGGAGGCGGGCAGGUGUGGAGGACUCCCUGGUCCUGAAUGGGGUAACUGUGCCCCUGAAGGACCAGGUGCGCAGCCUGGGAGUCAUUUUGGACUCACAGCUGUCCAUGGAGGCGCAGGUCAAUUCUGUGUCCAGGGCAGCUGUUUAUUAGCUCCAUCUGGUACUCAGGCUAAGACCCUACCUGCCCGCAGACUGUCUCACCAGAGUGGUGCAUGCUCUGGUUAUCUCCUGCUUGGACUACUGCAAUGCGCUCUACGUGGGGCUACCUUUCAAGGUGACCCGGAAACUCCAAUUAAUCCAGAAUGCAGCAGCUAGACUGGUGACUGGGAGUGGCCGCCGGGACCACAUAACACCGGUUCUGAGAGAUCUGCAUUGGCUCCCAGUACGUUUCUGAGCACAAUUCAAUUGGUGCUGACCUUUAAAGCCCUAAACAGCCUCGGUCCAGUAUACCUGAAGGAGCGUCUCCACCCCCAUUGUUCUAACCGGACACUGAGGUCCAGUGCUGAGGGCGUUCUGGUGGUUCCCUCACUGCGAGAAGCCAAGUUACAGGGAACCAGGCAGAGGGCCUUUUCGGUAGUGGCUCACGCCCUGUGGAACGCCCUCCCAUCAGAUGUCAAAGAGGGGAAAAACUACCAGACUUUUAGAAGACAUCUGAAGGCAGCCUUGUUUAGGGAAGUUUUUAAUGUUUAAUAGACUAUUGUAUUUUAAUAUUCUGUUGGAAGCCACCCAGAGUGGCUGGGGAAACCCAGCCAGAUGGGUGGGGUAUAAAUAAUAUAUUAUUAUUAUUAUUAUUAUUAUUAUUAUUAUUAUUAUUUUAUUAAUUAUUUAGGUUCAUUAACUUCAGUGGAUAACCUCUGAGUAAAACUUAAUUGAAUGCCACCCACAGAUUUUUGCCAUCAGAACUUACUUUUUGCAAACCUAUCUAUUCCAGCAGCUGUGGAUAGACUGUAAUUGCUCAUUGACUAUGCUCCUUGCAGGAGGUCAGAGGACUACCAUGUGGAUUAGUAGACACAUCCAAAAAAUAGUUCCUCGUGUCGCAUAACUGUUGAGAUUCCCAUAAGUCCAGGUCUCACACAACAGUUUAAGACAGGCUUCCUUAACCUCGGCCCUCCAGAUGUUUUUGGCCUACAACUCCCAUGAUCCCUAGCUAGCAGGACCAGUGGUCAGGGAUGAUGGGAAUUGUAGUCUCAAAACAUCUGGGGGAAGCCCAGUUUAAGAGAUAAAUCUACUCUUGGGCUGUGUGGCUUCAAAAUACAUAUGCAAGGACUUUUGUAUGGUACAGCAUUUGAGUCCCAUCUGCACUAUGCAUUUAAAGUAGCAUACAACUCUAAGCAGUUAUGGGCUCCCUCCCCCCCACAAGGAUCCUGGGAACUGUAGUUUGUUAAGGGAGCUGCAGUUGUUAGAUGGCCCACAUUUUCUCUUAGGAACUGUCUCCAGAACUCCAUGGGCAUGGGGAUUGGCUUUGAAAUCCGCCUGUGAACCCACUUGGGCCGCUUAUUUAUCUACAAAUGUCUUCUGCAAUUUAUUGGUUGCUUUAUUGUCAUGGGGGGGGGGGGGAAUCAUGAGGACUCAUGCCAUAGGUCACUGUUAUUGUGGUUGGUUUUUUUGGCAGGGAAGAUAUGAUGUAAAAUCAUGCAAGUUCAAGAGGAUCCAUUUCAGUUCUAUUGGAUCUGACUUUUACUGAGACCCAGUGGGAAAAAGCAGAGUGUGUGUGUUCUCUCAUUCUUUCUGUGGAGGUGACUUGCGGGAGAGAGGAGAAAAGUUACCUGAGGGGUUGGUGCCCACAGCUCUCUCAAAAUUCCCUAUGUGCCCACGAGUGCAAAAAGAUGAGCAACACUGACUUUUCAACAAGAGGACCGGACCAUCUUGAUGUUUGUUAAUAUUAUAUCUCUUCCUUUCAUUCUCAAAAAUGAAAUUUGUCUCUGCAGGAACAGAAGAUCGGGUUUGGCAGCAGCAGCAAAGGAGUGUCCAAAUACAUUCUUGUCCGAAGUGUGGAAUGAUUCUUCCUGAUAUGGACACACUUCAGAUUCAUGUCAUGGACUGUAUCAUCUAAGCACUGGCCUCAAAAAUUCUCAAAGAUGAGAAAUGCACUUUUUAAACAGAAUAUGUCAAUUCACACUCCUUAGCAAAGAGCCUGAUUUUUGAAAUUUAAUAGUCUUUUUUCUAUUUAUUUCAACAGGAAUUUUUAGGUUUUCAUUUUAUGUCUUGUGGGGGAAAUGGUUUCCCCCUUUAAAAAGCCAGUUAGCCUCUUUUUUUCUAAGCUGGCUAAAGCUGAGGAUGCCAACAUCAUAAUGAUUAUUUGAACUAAAAUAUUUAUAAGAGGUAGAAUAUAAACUCCUUUGGGUAGUUUUAUUGUUUGAGAAUCGAAAGGAUGUGCAUUUAUGUAUGUGCGUGAACAUGUGUGUGUGCCCAUUUUAGCAGUCUUCUGGGCAUCUGUAAGUGCAACUGAGCCUAUGCAGCUGUUUGUCUGCCUGCAUGAGCUCAGGUGCUUCAUGAGAGUCAAUGUUCUCUGCCUAUACAUAUCUGUGCUUAUAUGUAUGUAUAUACAUACAGAAUGUGGAUGAAAGUGAUGGGUUUUUCUUCUCACAGUUGGGAAGAAAGGUGGGUCUAGAGAACUUGGUUCUUGAGUUCAGAGGCUAUGAAGGUCCCAUUUAUAAAACUCAUGCUUGCUACAUGCUCAAAUGUGGCUGUUCUUGGUCUGGCGCCUUGGCAGCACAUGCCCAGCACUUUUCAAGAGGAUAAAGGCAAUUGCCUGUGUAGCUUUGGAAUGGAAUUGAGAACUGUGUUAGGAAAUAUCAAGGAGGCAAAAGUGCAUCUGACGUCAUUUGCCGUUUCACUUAAUUCUAUUCGGGGGAAACUAAAUUGUGGGUUUAAUAAUACAGUGUAUUUUAGUAAUUGAAUACUUGAAGGGGAAAUCCUGUAGUCCCUCCAAAGGCACCUUAAUGAUAAAAUUGCUCUUUUAAACUAUAGACUAAGAUUAAUUGGUCCUAAAAACAUUGUCAUGUUGGUAUGUUGAUAAACCCAGUUUAAUAUAAAAAUAAAUGUGUUUUUUUAAAUUCACCUAACUUUGAAAAAGAGGCAAUUUUAUGCUUGAAGAAGAGAUACUCAAUUAGUUCUCAUAAUUAACAGCAAUCCAUCAAAAAUAAAAUUACGUUGC